UAGCAAGAAAGCGAUCGGUCUUGUGCUUCGAUCAAUCAAGAGAAACUCUGUUGCCGCUCGAUCUCUGCUGCUUUGUAUCGACGCAGACCAUUGCAUAAUGAUGGUGGAGGGUCUCAUCCCUUUCGUCUGCGGCGCGAUCAAGAAGCGGAGGAGAGAGAGAAGGACGAUGGACUACGAGCGCCUCUCCUCCUCCGGCGCCCCUCCGACGCAGGGGCGGCCGGAGCGCUUCGCCGGCGCCGCCUACGGCCACUCUCAGAGCUGCCGGUUCGUCGCGCGCUCUCCGGCUGACGAGCUCGAUCUCUCGCACGGCGAGCGUCUCCGGGCCGGCCGCCGAGCACCACCGGAGGGCCUCCCGGCCGAGCAGUUCCCGCCGGCCGGCGACGGACGCGGUGUGUCCAGAUCCCGGAGGUUCAGUAGCACGCGCCUGUUUGCAUGCGUCGGGGGUGCGUAGGAAUCUGUACUCCGUAUGUAGCGUGUGUGCGUGUGCCGCGAGCACAUUUUGACAUUUUGUACAGGAGCCUUUUGCUGAUGGCAAGGUGAAAUAGC